GAAUUGUUGUGAUUGUGAAAUAGUUUGACAUUUAAAUAAAAACCCGAAAUAUAUCAGCUGAGAAGCUAACUAUUAAUUAAUAUUGAAAAUACUAUUGAAUAAAUAGAAGAAAAAUACGGUUUAAACAUUUUAUUGCUAUAAGAUCUUGUAUUCAAAAUGUUGCGACUUUAGUUUUCAAAUUACUAUUAAUUAUAUAACAAUGGCAUUAAAAAAAGUUUUAAUCGGAGGUGGCACUGGUUUUAUAGGAAAGCACUUAGGACAAGUAUUGACAAAUAAAAAAUAUCCCAUUGUAAAUGUAUCACGAAUGCCAAGUACAAAUUCAAUCACAUGGACAGAUGUUGAAACUAGUUUACCUAAACAAACAUAUGCAGUAGUUAAUCUUGCUGGACAACAAACUAUGGAUUUUACUAGGAGCUGGACUCCAGGCUUUAAACAAAAUGUUAAAAAUUCAAGAGUGUUCACCACAAGAGCUUUAGCCACAGCUAUCAAUAAAAGCAACAAUAAGCCUAAAGUAUAUGUUGUUGUCACUGGAGUGGGUGCUUACGAGCCUUCGGAGAAUAAAAAGUAUGAUGAAUUCAGCCCCACAACAGGCAAUGAUUUCUUUUCUAAACUCUUAGUGGAAUGGGAAGAAGCUGCUAAAGUGGAUCCACCAGUGAGGCUUGUUAUAAUCAGAUCAGGUGUUGUCCUUGGGCGAGAUGGUGGAAUGAUAAAAAAUAUGAUUCUACCGUUUUUCUUUGGUCUUGGUGGUCCACUUGGUUCAGGAAAACAAUAUCUACCCUGGAUACAUAUCGAAGACUUGAGUCGGCUCAUAACAUUUGCUAUAGAAAAUGAAAAUGUCAAGGGGAUAUUAAAUGGAGUAUCGCCACAUGUGGUGACGAAUGGAGAAUUCACACAGGCAUUUGCGAAAGCGUUAUCAAGACCAGCAUUCUUUCCGGUUCCGGAAUUUUUACUGAAUUUCCUCUUACACGAAGAAAGAGCGAUGUUGAUGACAAAAGGACAACAUGUGACACCGAAGAGAGUUUUAGAAUAUGGCUUCGAAUACAAAUACGAUAAUAUUGAGGCGGCUUGUAAGGAGUGCGCACAUUUGUUUCCGAAGAAAUAGUUUUAGUCAUGUAAGAUAGGAUUUUGUGUUUAAAAUUUAUUAGCAUUUUUAUUAGCAUGUUAUUAAAUGAUUUGAGGCUUAAUGGAGGGGCUGGGA